UGUGACCGUGAAAGGACUCUGUUAACCAGAUUUUUUGUUUGAAGCAAGUGUUUUUCUAUUAAUUUUCCCGCCAGGGACGCUUCAGGAUGGCAUAUGUAAGCUUGAUUGUCUGCGGGUCACCGGCGGUACACCUGGAACCAGAUAUAAUCUACAGGAUUGGGCGGAAAAAGGGUCUGGAAAUCAGCAUCGCCGAUGAGUCCAUGGAACUGGCCCAUGCCACCGCCUGCAUCCUCCGCCGCGGAGUUGUGCGCCUGGCCGCCAUGGUUGGCAGUAUAUUCGUCAACGACCAGGAGAAGACUGUGGCGGACAUCAGCAAGGCGGAAGCCUUCGACGGCACGGUUAAGCUCCGGUUUGGAAAUGUGGAGGCCAGGCUGGAAAUCAGAGACGAGAACGAUGAGGCCCAUGACAGCAGCGGAUUUGGGGAAUGCCCGAAAGACAGGUCAAACAACUCCACAAUGGACAGCUUCAAUAUACCUGAAACGCAGCCUCCGUCCGCCAACACGUCAGCAAACACCUCGGCGGACAGCUUCUUUAUACCUGAGACCCAGGCGGUUAACUUUGAAAGACCGUCGACCAGUGGAAAAGUGUCGCUGGGCGAUGACUUUAUGAUACCUGAAACGCAGGAUCUGCUGGCCGAACUUCCAUCUGUGCAGUUCAAUGAUCCAGUGAUUAACCACAAAGAGUUGAGUAAUGAUGCGGACUUCUCCCAGGGCAGCGAGAUACGGAUUUGCACUCAGGACUUCAACGAGGAUGCCAUCGAUGACUUUGAUUCAUCGCAGAUCCUUUGUGAUGCUAUGCUUGAUCUGCCGCUACCAAGGCCAAUAGAAACUUUGGAGAAAAAAGAUAGUAAGCGGGAUCAACUAAAUGCCACCGACUUGGAAAUGAGUGCCUUGAAUUGGUCAGCCAGCAAUUCGAAAUCCUGUGCCCUAAGUAGCACCGCAAUCCUGCCAAGCGGUGAUGCCUGCAUAACUCCUGAACUGUCAGCUCCCUCCGAAGAUCGUCCGAUCUGCACCCCUGAUCUUUUCGAUUUGAUCUUGGGCAAUGAGCCGCGUUCAGGCUCCAAUAGUCCAGAUCCUUUCGUCCGUCCUUCAAACGUAGCAAAUACCACCACACCACAGUUUGGUGGCGUUAAACAGCUGGUUGUGGCCACCAUUGAGACUCCUACUGCAACUCCCGACAAAGAGGAUGCAGCCAGCAGUCAAGAAAUGAAUCAAGAUUCGAUAGUCACUCAACGAUUUCCGGAAAAUAAAUUGUUGGAAAGUGAGAGCGAAGACGAAGAUGUACCGAAUCAAGAUUUUGUGGCAACCCAGGCUUUUAAAUUGGGACGCCCCCAACAAGACAAAGUUCCUAAUUCACCAAAAGAUAACGAAACCAACCAAGACUUCAUAGCUACUCAGGCGUUUAAUUUUAGACGUCCACAACCACCCGACUCUCCUAAGGCACCGAAAGCUAAUACGAAUUGCAACCAAGAUUUCAUAGCCACUCAAGCGUUUCCCGCCAAUAUUAAUAGCUCUAGGUGUCAGGACUUUAUAGAAACACAACAAUUUAAUCCGGGUAAUCAGAAUUCCUUGAGUUUUGGUAACAAAGAAAAUAUUCCACACGACAACAAUACCGAAAAAGCUGCAGGUUCAAAAUCCGUCGAGGAGCCUUGUGAUGAAAUAGAUGCUGUGCUCAACGAAAUGAUUUCUGGGACAAUCGUAACAUCACCUGUAAAUCCUAACGAAGAGCCGAUAAAAUUCUUUAAGCCGUGCGUGAUUAAAGAUAAGAAUCACUUUCAAAAGGUUUGUCAAAUCGAGGGGGUUUUCGGUGACAUUAGUAACAAAAGACGGUGGCGCUCUGAGGGCACUAGAGAUGGCAGUCGCAAACGCGUAGCCAGAUCGGAAUCUCCCCCGGAAACACCAAGCCGAAAAAAUAGACGAACAUCAGAGGGUUCUCAGGGAUUGGAAUAUAACUUGAGAAAGCGGAGAGCAACUUCAGUGGAUAAAAAAUCAGAACCUCUCAACAAAUUUAUUUGCAAAGAACAUGAUGUAUCCCCGCAUACAGAAGAAAAAGAUAAGGAUGAUAAAAUAAACUCUCCUUUAAAAGUGAUGGCCAAUAAAUGGCAAGCACGUAGAAGUAUAAUAAAUAACCGAUCCGGUACUCCAGGAAACUCUUUAGAAACGAAUAAAGUUGAAGAUGAGAUGCAGGCUAAAUCUAAAGAUGAGCUAUCCGCAACCCCGUCCAUUCAAGAGCCUUCAUCUAGCGGUGCCAAUGCCAAGGAACCAUCUGUUCGUGCACCAAGAGCAACUCGUGCUACAAAGUCGCGAUCCACAACACCUUCUGUCGAUGAUCUAUUGCCGUCCAUUGAAGAGCCUUCACCAAGCGGUGCCAAUGCCAAGGGACCAGAGGUUCGUGCACCUAGAGCAACUCGUGCUAAAGUUCCAAUGAACAGAUCAGGCGCGACCACUACGAGAUUCAGCCAGCCAGAUCCGGAUUCACUUAAAGCAUUUAAUCAAUAUGUGAGAAAGGCCAAAACGGAUGGAAAAAUUAAGAUAGCAUUCACCAUGUGUAACCGUCCGGCAUUGGAAUCUGUCUUAAAAUCUUUGAAACAUGUGGUGGAAAUCACCGAAGAUCCCGUCCAGUGCGACCUUCUCAUCAUGGACAAAGGCGAGCGGACCUACAAAUUCCUCAUAGCCAUCGCUUCCAAUAAACCCGUUCUCUCCACCAAUUGGCUGCAUUCCGUCAAGAAGACCAGGACCAUCGAAGUAAAAGCAGAUCAUAUUUUUAGUGAUGCCAAGUUCGAGGAGACCAUGAAGUUUAAGCCCUUGUCUGUACUGCAGCACACUCGUUUGCUAAGUGGUUUGCACUUUAUGCUCGGUGAAGACAUCAUUCCAAAGCCCAUCGAAUUGAAAGUCAUAAUUCAAAGUGCCGGCGGAAAGGUGCUCACCCAACCGCCCUCGCUGGCCUUCAGUGUGGAGCUGUACGUGGUCACCACCAGCAAGGACCAAAAAUUCCAUCGACGCCUGCGGAACCACGAAAAAGUACAUUUCAUCAAAACCGAGGGCGUUAUGCAGGCGCUUGUACGGCACAAUGCGGAACUCCUGAACGAGCACAAGCUCAAAGUUUAAAUGCCAUAUUUUGACAUUGAUCCUAACUUUUUCCUGCCAAACUUCGGAGCCGUUCCUGAUUACCUACGAAAAAAAGCACAUCACUAACAAUGUCCCAGACUAGCAUACUAUCAAGCUUUAACUUUAGGUUUUUGUUUCAUAUUUAAUUUUUUGUUUCAUGUUGGGGCUAACUUAAUUGUGGCCAUACAAUUUGAGUUGUACAAAUGGUUGCCUUCAUAUGGCCCGUCAAAUAUAUCCAUACGAUUAUGCUUAAAA